AGCAGCCACAUAGCUUGGCUCAAGCCAUCUCGGCCCAAGCGUCUUUAGCAGGCGGCCACCUUCCAAUUGGAAGGCUUGCAGCGGCAAUGCGCCCACGGUCGGCUGCGCUGUGGGUAGCUGUUGGAGCCGCCACUGCGGUCCACGCGGCCAACGCGCGGCACUCGGCGACUGGCACGAGGCUGUUGGCAAGGCUUGGAGAGCAACUGAGCUCGGCGUCUGGCAACAGCACAGGCGAGUGGCUUCAGGGAUGGCUCGCAUCUUUGACCAUCAGCGUGCCCCCUGUGAGGUCCUCGGGGCUCGGCUGGGACAUCAGCAUAACAGGAAUGUACUGCGACAGCAUCGAGGUCGGCGGGGUUGAGACCGACACCUCUGGCGCGGGAGAGGUGGCGAUUCAGGGCAAGGGCUUGAAGGCGACUUGCCAUUUCGACUGCAUCAUGCAUUUCUUCGGCAGCGGAUACACAGGACCCGUAUCCGCCUACGUCUCCGACGCGACGUUGGGGAGCCCGAUCAGGAUCGACUCGAGCUCGGGAUAUCUUACGCUCCCCGAAAAGGUCGAGGCGUAUGACUGUCCCAAGAACACGGAGUUCAAGCAUAUCACUAUUGUCACGGACUCUCCGGUCGUGUCUGCGAUGACGUAUUUGCUGACCCCCCUUCUACGAUCGCAGACCGAGAGUGCGGCUUGUGCCGCUAUCGAUGACGCAGUGAAUACAAAGGGCACAUCGGCUCUGCAGAAUUUCAGUAGGGAGAUCCGCACCCUCACGGCCGCGAAGCCAACUUCCGUUGUUCCGUCCUUGCCUGAGCCGCACCAAGACUUCAUAGACUUCGCAGCCAGCCCGGUAAUGGAGCUGGUGAACCAGAUCACCGUUCACAUUCUUGACAAUGCUUCUUCCCAGCUAAGCUUGAAUGCAAUCAUGAGCAAGCUCUUCGGGCCCGAGGGGCACUUAUCCUUGGGCACACUCAACAUACUGCCCGUCCACAGGAGCAUCCAGAUACCGGAGCUCGGCUCCCUGAACCUCGCAGUCAAGGCAGUAGAGGUGAGCGGGUUGAACAGUUGGUCCAACGUUCUGGUGGAGGCGUUGGCUGCACAGAGUCUGUCUUACAACCUGAGCCUGGAGAGAUUGGUCGUGAACGUGUCCUUCGAAUUGUCCGUCGUCCCCGACCCGCAUGGACUCGUCAACGGCACGACACUGGACGAGGAAUUCGAGCUGACGCUCUCGCUCGGGGACCUGAGGCUGGCAGGCGGCGCCUUCUUGGCAAUCAACAAGUCGCAGCUGGGGCUGCUCUCCAUAGAUCAGCUCGCCCAGGCGGGCUGCUCCGCUCCUGCGGUGUACUCGGCGAUGGUUCGGGAGGCUGGGCUGACGGCGAUGCCUUUGACGCUGUCAGUGCAGCCAGCGUCGAGCGCGGGCAGCUUGGAAAUGGACAUUGACCACAUGAUCAACGUAGUGCUCACGAUGCUCCUGGGGCAGUACAGCGAGACGAUCGAGGCGGUGGUGGAGCACGCCACGGAAGUCAACAUGACAGACGCGGUGAAUCAGUGGGUGCGCGACCAGACGGACCUGGCCACGCUCUCCACCUGCCGCGUGCCCGUCGACAUUCACACGUCGCCCGGCUCUGGAGAGGCCGCGGGCACGGCAUCCUCGGCCCUGCCGACCGCAGGUGCGCUUCAGGGAUGGCUCGCGUCCCUGAGCAUCAGCGUGCCCUCGGUCAGCUACGCGGGGCCCGACUGGGAGAUCAGCAUAACGGGGAUAUAUUGCGACGGCAUCCGGGUCGGCGGAGUCGAGACCAACACCUCCGGCGCGGGCGAGGUGACGAUCCAGGGCAAGGGCUUGAAGGCGACCUGCCAUUUCGAUUGUUUCGUCGAUCUUUACGGCAGCGGUUUCAGUGGACCUGUAUCCGUCUACGUCGCCGACGCGACGUUGGGAAGCCCAGUCAGGAUCGACUCGAGCUCGGGAUAUCCUCCGCUCCCCGACAAGGUCGAGGCGUACGACUGCCCCAAGAACACGGAGUUUGUGGACAUCGUUGUUGUCACGGAGUCUCCGGUCGCAUCUGCGGUAAUGUCCGAGUUAAUUCCUCUCGUGAAAUCCUCUGUCGAGAGUGCGGCAUGUGCCUAUGUCGAUGAUGAAGUGAGAACAAAGGGCACAGCGGCCCUGCAGAAGUUCAGUAGGGAGAUCCGCACGUUCAUGACCGAGAACCCAACUUCCAUUGUGCCGUCCUUGCCUGAGCCACACCAAGAUUUCAUAGAUUUCGCAGCUAACCCGGCGAUGGAGUUGGUGAACCAGAUCACCGUUCACAUUCUUGACAAUGCUUCUUCCCAAUUUAGCUUGAAUGCAAUCAUGAGCAAGCUCUUCGGGCCCGAGGGACACUUAUCCUUGGGCGCACUCAACAUAUUGCCCGUCCACAGGAGCAUCCAGAUACCGGAGCUCGGCUCCCUGAACUUCGCAGUCAAGGCAGUAGAGGUGAGCGGGUUGAACAGUUGGUCCAACGUCUUGGUAGAGGCGUUGACUGCACAGACUGUGUCUUACAACCUGAGCCUGGAGAGAUUGGUCGUGAACGUGUCCCUCGAAUUGUCCGUCGUUCCCGACCCGCACGGACUCGUCAACGGCACGACACUGGACGAGGAAUUCGAGCUGACGUUCUUGCUCGGGGACCUGAGGCUGGCAGGCGGCGCCUUCUUGGCAAUCAACAAGUCGCAGCUGGGGCUGCUCUCCAUAGAUCAGCUCGCCCAGGCUGGCUGCUCCGCUCCUGCGGUGUUCUCGGCGAUGCUUCGGGAGGCUGGGCUGACGGCGAUGCCCUUGACGCUGUCAGUGCAGCCAGGGUCGAGCGCGGGCAGCUUGGACGACAUUGACCACAUGAUCAACGUAGUGCUCACGGUGCUCCUGGGGCAGUACAGCGAGACGAUCGAGGCGGUGGUGGAGCACGCCGUGACAGACGCGGUGAACGAAUGGGUGCACAACCAGAUGGCCUUGGCCACGCUCUCCGCCUGCCCCGCGCCCGUCAACACUUACACGUCGCCCAUUUUUGGAGAGGUCGCGGGCAUGGCAUCUUUGGUCCUGCUGGCUGCAGGUGCACUCGGACUCGUGGCUGGCACUGUGAAGUAUCUCGCGAGGGGCACGUGCUUUAGGAGCCUCCGCGCUGGGGGGGCGAAGGUCGAGAUCCACUCGGUUUGCCGCGGGCCGGGCGAGCGGAGCGCAGGGGCCAACGCGGCGCUGGCAGAGAUGCCGGCGAGCAGGCUGCCCGGAGCCUGGUGCGCAGAAGACAAGCCACCUUGGGAUUGCCUUGGGCUGCACCCCAGCGUGUCCACAUUCACGAUGUUUUCCUUGCCGAUCCUUGUGGUCGCGGACAUUGCGCUGUUUCUGCAGGCGAAUUUCGGGGGUCCUGGCGUGAGCGUGCGCAUGGCCUUCGAAGCCAACGGGGGACAGGUGGUGCAGCUUCCUAGCGUCAGCUUCACCCUGAUAGGCAGCAUUGUGGACAUGUGGAACGGCAAGGCGUAUCCUUUGGCGCUGCUUGUUGGUUUCUUCAGCGGCAUAUGGCCCUACGUGAAGUUGCUCGCGAUGCUUUGCUGCUGGUUGAUGCCGGUGCGCAAGGAGAGCCGGCAGGCAGUGCUGAAGUGGCUCGACGCCUUGGGGAAGUGGUCGUUGGUGGAUGUGUUUGUCAUGGUGUUGUUCAUGGUAGCCUUCGAAUUCGAUUUGUCUGUGGCGGAGCAGGCCCCGCAGGCCAUCAAGGACGCCUUCGACGAGUUUGGCGGCUCGGCCCGCCUGCUUGUGUACGUGCAUCCAGAAUGGGGCUUCUACGUCUUCGUGUUCGCCACGCUGGGCUCCCUGGUGCUGGGCCACAUCAUGACCAUGGUGCAACGGCGCGCCUACGAGGUUGCUGAGUUCGGCAUCGGGAGAGAGGGGCCCAGGGGGCGGACCCGCCUCUGCAACGUCCAGCGGCCCGAGGGCCAGCACGCUGGGCGCGCCUUCGUGUACGGCCCAAUCUGCGCCCUGGCGUUCUCGCUGCUGCUCGUCCUGGUCGGCUUGGACGUGAAGGCUUUCCAGUUCAAGUUCCUGGGGCUCUCCGGCCUGGCGCUCGGCGAAGAGGGCUCCGUGCGCCCGUUUUCGGUGGUGUCGCUGGCGUCCGAGGUACCGCGCGCGAACCUCCACCCGCGCACGCCCGACCUCCUGUGGAUCCAGUUCGUGUUCUGCCUCUUCUCGAGGGGGACGAACGACACAGACACAAGCUGUAGGAGGUCCGCGCGGCUUUCUUGGGUCGGCGCUGGGCCCCCCUGGCGGCGCCUCCUGCGUCGCGCCCGGCGCGCUCCGCGCGCCAAGGAGAGGAGUCCAGCGCCGAUCCGAGAAGUCUGCGCGGACCUCUGAGAGCUUACUCCAGAUCGUUCAAAUAACCCCCCCCCCAUGCCACUCCGCCGGACGGCCCGUUCCGGCACCCCCCCCAUGGGCGCAGAACCCACCCCCAGCGCCAUCCACCCCCCC